AUGCAGCCCAACGCCAACAUGAUCCACCCCGAAGGCCCAGUGGUCAUCUCCAUCCCGGACGGUGCCAAAGUCCACAUUUCGGGCAAGACAAACGCAGACUUCCGCCAAAGGGUCACCGUCGAGGAGGUUGGCAGAGGCAAGUACAUCUUUGAAGGCAGCGGUGAAGACAAGGCCAUGACCCUCGAGGGGGGAGACGAGAGUGUGGACCUUGAGCCUAUCAAAGGCUCUGGAUUCCGCACAUGGACGAUCAACUUUCAGAACUCGAUUUCCGGUGCAGAGUAUAGAAUGUCGAAGGUGCUGCGUCCGGUUUACAACACCGUUUACGAUGCCGACUACAAAGUUCGAAAAAUGGAGUGGGAGAUUGCAAGCGAAGAUAACGUCGAUGAUGACUACAAUGAUGCGAUCAUCCGUUUCAGCGCCGACAUCUAA